UUAUAAUUGGAUAUUUGAAGGGCAAAAUGACAGGUUCUUAUCCAAUGAAAAGUCGAGAAAUAACCACUCCCAUUAUUUAAGUUUCAUUUCGCGCAAUGAUGGAUGCUGAAUUCAGGAGCAAGAAGCCACGCUUGGAAAACGGAACCUCGACAUCGGGGAACCAUCCAGGUUACCUGCAGCCAGAGAAAGAUACUGAAGGAUCUACAAGCCUUGUCUUCUCUACACAUGAAGAGGUUGGGGCACUUGCUAAAGCCCUGCGCAUAUUUGAAGAAUAUGGUGUCAACUUGAUACAUAUUGAAUCCCGUCCCUCCAAGAAAGACCAAGAAGGUUAUGAAUUCUUUGUCAACUGUGACAAUACAAAAGGGGGGUUAAAGCAGGCUAUUGACACUUUGAGGGCAAAGACAGAGGAUUUACAAGUUCUUUCACGCAAUGCCAAACGUACAGAUUCUCUCUGUGAAACAGUGCCAUGGUUCCCUCAUAAAAUCGCAGAUUUGGACAGAUUUGCCAAUAGGAUCCUGGGAUAUGGAGCAGACCUAGACGCUGACCACCCAGGCUUCACUGAUCCAGUGUAUAGGGCAAGGAGAAAGCAGUUUGCGGACAUUGCAUUCAACUACAAACAUGGAGAAAAGAUUCCCAACCCAGAAUAUUCAGAGGAGGAAGUCAAAACAUGGGGCACUAUCUUUAGGGAACUGACAAAACUUUACCCAACCCAUGCAUGUCGCGAGUUUAACCAUAUUUUCCCACUUCUCAUAGAGAAUUGUGGCUACACUGAAGACCACAUCCCUCAUCUACAGGAUGUCUCAGACUUCCUCAAAGAUUGCACAGGAUUUACUUUGAGGCCUGUUGCAGGAUUACUGUCCUCACGUGACUUUCUGGCUGGACUGGCUUUCCGUGUCUUCCACUCAACACAGUACAUUCGUCACAGUUCUAGACCCAUGUACACACCUGAACCUGAUGUUUGCCAUGAGCUGUUGGGUCAUGUCCCAUUGUUUGCCGACCCUGCAUUUGCACAGUUCUCGCAGGAGAUAGGACUUGCCAGUCUUGGAGCUCCUGAUGAAUACAUUGAGAGACUUGCAACUUGUUAUUGGUUUACUGUUGAGUUUGGCCUGUGUCGCCAGGGGAAAGAGCUAAAGGCUUAUGGCGCUGGACUGUUGUCAUCAUUUGGGGAACUUCAGUAUUGCCUCAGUGAUAAACCAGAGAAGCGUGCAUUUGACCCUCCAAAGACAGGUCUUCAGAAAUACCCCAUUACAGAGUACCAGCCAAUUUACUACACAGCUGAGAGUUUUACCUCAGCACAGGCAAAGAUGAGGAGUUUUGCUGAGACCAUUCCCAGGCCUUUCUCUGUACGUUACAAUGCUUACACUCAAAGUGUGGAGGUUAUAGACAACACCGAACAGAUCUUAAGUCUCUCAAGGACCAUUAAAGGUGAUAUGGCAAUCCUGGAAGAUGCCCUGACUAAAUUAAAGAAAGAACACACAACACAUGUUUUAGGGGCUCCUUAGACAAUAUAUAAAAUUGCAAUACCAUAUAUG